AUGAGCACCUCGGUAUCCAUCAACAUCCUGCAAGCGGCGGCUAAAAGAUAUGGCACCGAGCCACUCCUAGUCUUACCAAAUGGUGCGACUGUCGAUUUAUCGAAAGGUUACAUCCCACUACUCGCACGAUACACUUUCGAAGACAAAGCCGCCCAAGGUCUACGGAAGCGCAAGGCCGGUGACAAGCCUGAAAAUCCGAUUCACUUCUCUGCUCUUGAGCUAGUCCGCGACAACUCGAUCUUGCUCUUGACGGGACCCAGCGGGAGCGGGAAGACUACAUUUGCUAAGCACCUCUGCCACAUCCUAGCUUCCUCUGGAUUCAGCAAUGCGCGACCACUACCUCGAAACGACCUAGGUGAUAUCAAGGAAGAGAAUUGGGGUGCCAGCAGAUUGUCUCCGUGCUAUUUCUCACUGAGUGGUACCGAGUCUCUGAAACGGUUGGCUGAUGUAACGAUUCCGCAACUUCUUGGCGCAUCUGGUUCUCAGCACGAGCAUCUGCUCAUCGUCCUCGAUGAUCUGCAGACCGCAGGGGAUGAACUGAUCUCUGUUCUGGCAAAAACACUGGCCCUAAUACGAGAGCGAACCUACACCAAGCUACUCUUGCUUGGCGAUACAGAUGUCCUUGACCACUGGAGCUUCCCGGCCGUCGUCCGACACGAGUUGCUUCCCUUGCUAGAGUGUCAAAGAAGGGAGGCAGUGCGUUCUCACCUGAAUUUGGAUCCGUCGACUCUCAUAACAACUGGCAUGGGUGAAGCUGCGUCGAACCCGGCCAUGUUUGCUCUCGCGGUUCAAGCCAAUCACUCUGGAAACUGUGCCGAGGAGCUGCUAGAUGCGUGGCUUUCGUCCACCCACUCGCAGCCAGAUGCUGCAUCGCUUCUAGCAGAGAGGUCAUACAAGCUGAUAUUCCACAGCUCAUUAACCACCGGUCCGACUGAGAUGUCGUUGACCGCGAUUCAGCCCAAUCCUGCCUUGCGAAGCCUGACGGUGCAACGGCUCCUAGCUGCGCGGCACCUAGCUGAUUUGACACCGCAAAUCGCUGUCGGCCUCUUUCGUGAUCAGCCUCAUGCUUCGGAUGAUGUUCUAAGAAGCUGCUUGUCGCGUCUCAGCUCCUUACAUAGGUCUGGCGUCCUUGUCGACGGGCUCCUCGGGGGCACACCAGCUGACGCUAAGCGCGCUGCCUUACUGGUGGCUGGCCUUAUUCCAUUAUCCGCGGAAGUCGAAAGCAAGGUUAUGAAGCUGCUUCUGGAAAUCGUCGAGAAUGGAGAUUGCUCGGCUGGUGAACGCGAGAAAGCCGGUCGUCUACUGUCAAAGUAUGGCGACCCGCGAGAUCUGACUGAACUCGCAGAGGUUCCCGCCGGAAGCUUCAUGAUGGGCUCUGAAAGUCAUCCCAAUUCGCAGCCUCUGAGUAGAGUUUCGCUCGAGAGGUUUCGCAUCGGUGUCUAUCCUGUCGUCAACAGAGACUACGCCGCCUUUGUGAAGGAAACUAGCCGCGAAUGGCUCAGUCCUGGUGGCAAGGACCCGGAGAAAGCAAAUGCACCAGCGACCGAUCUUACAUGGCAUGACUCAAGGGCUUACUGUCAAUGGCUCACAGAAAGGUGGAGAGAAGAGAAAAAGAUUGGUUUGAAUGAGCACGUGAGGCUUCCUUCAGAGCCAGAGUGGGAGUGCGCGGCCAGGGGUGGCCGGGAUGAGACGGGCACUGAAGGGUUGGCUUUCCCUUGGGGCACAGAUUGGCAGGAACAUACUGCCAAUAGCGACGAGACUGGCUUCAAUACGACCUGUGCUGUUGGUCUCUUCCCAAGGGGGCUCUCGCCGUACGGCUGCCAUGAUAUGGCGGGGCAUGUUACCGAGCUCGAUCGAACGUGUCGGCCAUCUUCCGCGAAUAUGCCGAUUAUUUCCGAUUUCAAGCUUCCGGAGGAUGCGAGCGCCCUAGGACGGUAUACGACAAAUUCCACAGCCCCCUUUUUCAUCACAUUCACUACGUCGGACCAUCCUGAUACGGGAGAGUCAUGGUGUCCCGAUGUCCGAGCUGCACUCCCUCGCAUCAUUGCCGCCUUUUCGCCUUCAAGCGCACCGGAGAUGGCCUUCGUUGAAGUAGGACAGCGGCCUGAGUGGAGAGUCCCUACAAAUGUGUUUCGCACCAAGUGGAACGUCAACAAUGUGCCGACAAUUGUUCGGUUUGAGCUUUCAGAUGGCGAACUGAAAGAGACGGCUAGACUGGUAGAAGGCGAGAUACUGGAUGAGAAGCAAUUGAGAGGACUAAUCCGCAACAACUAA